AUGGCAGAUACACAAUUUGACAGCGCCCUCGACCUCCUCCGCCGCCUCUCACCGCGCGACACCAGACAGAACCUGCAAUACAUAACCACCCUCGUCCCCGACCUGACGGAAGAUCUCCUCGCCUCCGUCGACCAACCUCUCGAAAUCCGUCGUUGCGCCCAAACCAAGCGCGACUAUCUGCUCUGCGACUAUAACCGGGACGGAGACAGCUACCGUAGCCCGUGGAGUAACGAGUUCGACCCGCCGAUUGAAGAUGGGACUGUGCCCAGUGAGCGGGUGCGGAAGUUGGAGAUAGCUGCCAACGAGGCGUUUGAUGUAUAUCGGGAGCUGUAUUAUGAAGGCGGGGUUGGAAGUGUGUAUUUCUGGGAUUUGGAUGAUGGGUUUGCUGGGGUUGUUCUGUUGAAGAAAGUAAUCACACCCGGCUCCAAAAACUCUGGUGCCUGGGACAGCAUCCACGUUUUCGAAGCCACAGACCGGGCGCGGACGUGUCACUACAAACUAACCAGCACCGUCAUCUUACACCUAUCAACCGGCUCCGAGGCGCUUGGAGAGAUGGACCUGAGCGGCAACAUAACGAGACAGAUUGAGGCCGACAUGGCAGUUGACGGGGACGCGAGCCAUGUCGCGAAUGUUGGACGGUUGGUUGAGGAUAUGGAGUUGAAGAUGCGGAAUCUGCUACAGGAAGUCUACUUUGGGAAAGCGAAGGACAUUGUUUCUGAUCUGAGAAGCAUCCAACCCUUGUCAGAGACAAAUAGAGACCAGGCCAAUCAUCGGGAGGUCAUUAAUUCGAUGAAGUGGUAG